CGGAGCGCGGGGGGCUGCGCGGGGCCCCGGCGGGGACAGAGCCGCGGGCAGGACGGGGACAGAGACACGGGGACAGAGCCGCGGGGACAGAGCCACCACCAACCCGGGGGACACGGCCCGGGUGACAAAGAGGGGGGUCCCCAACCUGUGUCUCCCCCCACAGAGGUGGGCAGCGAGGCCAUGGCGAUGCUCCUGGAGCCUGGGAUGCAGAGCCUGCGGAUAGGUGCCAACGGCGAGCGGUGCCCGACGCCGUCCCCGCCCGGCUCCCCGGGGACGCCCCACGACAGCUGCAGCAUCGCCCCGCUGACGCCCUCCCAGUCACCGCGGAGCGAGGCGCGUUCCCAGCAGGCGCCGUCCUUCUCCGUGGUGGUGGCCAUCGACUUCGGCACCACCUCCAGCGGUUACGCCUUCAGCUUCACCAGCGACCCCGAGGCCAUCCACAUGAUGAGGAAAUGGGAAGGGGGGGACCCGGGCGUGGCCAACCAGAAGACCCCCACCAGCCUCCUGCUGACCCCGGAGGGGACAUUCCACAGCUUCGGCUACACCGCCCGCGAUUACUACCACGACCUGGACCCCGAGGAGGCCCGCGAGUGGUUCUACUUCGAGAAGUUCAAGAUGAAGAUCCACAGCACCAGCGAUCUGACCAUGAAAACCGAGCUGGAAGCUGUCAACGGGAAGAAGAUGCCGGCGCUGGAGGUGUUCGCCCACGCGCUGCGCUUCUUCAAGCAGCACGCCGUGCAGGAGCUGAAGGACCAGUGCCCGUCCCUGCCCGAGAGCGACGCCAUCCGCUGGGUGCUCACCGUGCCGGCCAUCUGGAAGCAGCCGGCCAAGCAGUUCAUGCGGGAAGCAGCCUACAAGAUCCCUGUGACAACCAAGGGCAUGGGGACACACCUGGAAACCCCCAGUCCCUGUCACCGCGUGUCCCCACAGGCCGGGCUGGUGUCCCCAGAGACGCCGGAGCAGCUGCUGAUCGCGCUGGAGCCUGAGGCUGCCUCCAUUUACUGCCGGAAGCUGCGGCUGCACCAACUGAUCGAGCUGAGCUGCCGCCCCCCGGCCAACGGCGCCGAGACCCCACACCCCAUCGACUCCAGCUUCCGGCAGGCCCGGGAGCAGCUCCGGCGAUCCCGGCACAGCCGCACCUUCCUGGUGGAGUCGGGAGUGGGCGAGCUCUGGUCGGAGAUGCAGGCAGGUGACAGGUACAUCGUGGCCGAUUGUGGCGGGGGGACUGUGGAUCUGACCGUGCACCAGAUCGAGAAGCCGCAGGGGACGCUGAAGGAGCUCUACAAAGCCUCGGGAGGUCCCUACGGGGCCGUGGGCGUGGACCUGGCCUUCGAGAAGCUCCUGUGCCACAUCUUUGGGGAGGAUUUCAUCGCCACCUUCAAGGCCAAGCGUCCGGCGGCCUGGGUGGACCUGACCAUCGCCUUCGAGGCGCGGAAGCGCGCGGCCGCCCCGAGCCGCUCCAGCCCCCUCAACAUCUCCCUGCCCUUCUCCUUCAUCGACUUCUACCGCAAACACCGCGGCCACAACGUGGAGACCGCGCUCCGCAAGAGCAAUGUGAACCUGGUGAAGUGGUCGUCCCAGGGGAUGCUACGGAUGUCCCCCGAGGCCAUGAACGAGCUGUUCCAGCCGACCAUCACCCACAUCAUCCAGCACAUCGACGCCCUCCUGAAGAAACCCGAGGUCCACGGCAUCAAGUUCCUGUUCCUGGUGGGCGGCUUCGCCGAGUCGGCCAUGCUGCAGCGGGCGGUGCAGGCCGCCUUCGGCCACUGCUGCCGCGUCAUCGUCCCGCAGGACGUGGGGCUCACCAUCCUCAAGGGGGCCGUGCUCUUCGGCCUGGACCCCGGCGUGGUGCGGGUGCGCCGCUCCCCGCUCACCUACGGCGUGGGCGUCCUCAACAAGUUCGUGGAGGGCAAGCACCCACGCGAGAAGCUGCUGGUCAAGGAGGGCAAGAACUGGUGCACCGACAUCUUCGAGAAGUUCGUCACCGUGGACCAGUCGGUGGCCUUGGGAGAGGUGGUCCAGCGGAGCUACUGCCCGGCCCGGCCCGGCCAGCGCCGGACCAUCAUCAACAUCUACUGCUGUGACAGGGAUGACGUGGUGUACAUCACCGACCCCGGCGUCAGGAAGUGCGGCACCAUCAGCCUGGAGCUGGGGGACGCAGGGGACGAGGGCCCAGCGCGGGGCCGGCGCGAGAUCCGCACCAGCAUGCAGUUCGGGGACACCGAGAUCAAGGUGACGGCGCUGGACACGCGCACGGCACGCAGCGUGAGGGCCACCAUCGACUUCCUGUCCAACUGAGGGGUCCAGGGAUGUGCCACCAUCGACUUCCUGUCCAACUGGGACUACGCAGGAUGUGCCACCAUCGACUUCCUGUCCAACUGAGGGGCCCUGGGAUGUGCCACCAUUGACUUCCUGUUCAAUUGUGGGGACCCUGGGACAUGCCACCAUUGAUCUCCUGUCCAACUGAGGGUCCCUGGGACAUGCCACUAUUAACUGUGUGUCCAACUGGGACUACCCAGGAUGUGCCACCACUGACUUCUUGUCAAAUUAAGGGGCUCCUGUGACAUACCAGCAUCAGCUUCCCAUCCAACUGGAACUACCCAGGAUGUGCCACCAUCAACUUUCCAUCCAAUUGAGGGGCUCCCGAGAUGUGCCACUAUUGAUUUCCUGUCCAAUUGAGGGGCCCUGACAUUGCGGGGACACCCCUGUAAUCUGCCACCAUUGGCUUCCUGUCCAUCUGAGACCCUCUUGGAGAUGCCACCAUGGACUUCAUGGUCCCUCCAGCUGAGGGACCCUGUGAUUGUGGGGACACCCCUGGAAGAUGCCACCAUAAACUUCCUGUCCAACUGAGAGUCCUUGUCAUUGUGGGGACAAUCCCAGGACCUGCCACCAUGAACUUCAUCUCCAACUGAGAGUCUCUGUCGUUGUGGGGACACUCCUGGGAGAUGCCACCACUGUCCAAAUUAGACCUCCUUGGAGAUGCCACCAACUGACAUUGGGACCACCACUGUGUGGACCACUGGGAGAUGCCACCACUGACUUCAUCUUCAACUGAGGCCAUCCUGGGAUCUGCCACCACUGAAUCCUGUCCAACUGAGAGUCCCUGUCAUUGUGGGGACAGUCCCAGGAGCUCCCACCAUCAACUUCCUGUCCAACUGAGAGGCCUUGGGAGAUGCCACCAUCAACUUCAUCUCCAGCCGAGACUUCACCAGCAUCAUGAGGACUUCUAGGACCUGCCACCAUUAACUUCCUGUCCAACUGAGACCUUCCUGGAGAUGCCACCAUGGACAUCUUGUCCAACUGAAACCUUCCUGGAGAUGCCACCAUGGACUUCUUGUCCAAUUGAGACCUUCCUGGAGAUGCCACCACCGAUUUCCACCCCAGCUGAGAUCUCCUGUCACUGUGGUGACCAUGCCAGGACCUGGCACCAUUGACUCCCUCCCAGACUGAGACCCCCCAUUAUCCUGGGGACCCCAAUCCCUGUCCGCCACCCUCUCCCAGCCCCCCUUUAACUGGAAUUGGCCUCACGACCCCUCCCCAUCCCCCAUCCAGGACUGUUUGGGAUUGUCCACCCGGGGGUGUCCCCUGUCCCUCUGGGCAGGGUGAUGGAGGGGAUUUGGGCUGCCAGCCCCAUUCCCAGUGGGAUUUUCCUCCUUCCCGAGGUGGGAUUUUGUACUUUAACCCCUCCCCCAGGCAUGUAAAAUAUCUUUAUAUUUAUAUACAUAUAUAUAUAUAUAUAUAUAUUUGUAGGCACAUAAAACCUCC